GGGUUAGAAGACAUAAAACAGACAAAACAAAGCUAGCCAUCAUUAAAGCUCCUUCAAAAGCCACAUGAAUAAAUAUAGGCCUCGUCUGAUUCUCUUCAAGGUUCUCAAAGCAGUUCAAAGCAUCCAGCAGAAGUGUGAUGAUAUCUAAACGUGGCAGAGAAUUUGCUGAUCUGAAUGCCCAAGUAUGAAAAGAUUGGAGAUAAUGAGAGAGAUCAAAUCUGAUAACCGAUCGGAUGCCUGGUAGACUGUCUCAUCAAAAGGCUGACAAAAAAACAGGCAGUGCAGAGACUUGGAGAGAGAGAAAGAGAGAAAGAGAGAGAGAGAGGUGCACAACCCAAGCUUUCUUUCAUGUUCGUGUGAAACCAGAAACAACAACAGUCAGCGACUGCAGGGUAAAGAGAACAUGCAUUGCUCUCCUUUCAUCCUCACAUUGGUUUGUUUCUCGAACAUUUUGGUGAAUUAUAUAACUUGGGGUGACCAAUAUAGUCUGGAGUGUCUCAGUAAUUAUUUAUCCAAUAUAACCUGCUCUCUGAACAUCUCGGCUGAGUCUCUGGGCAAUGAGUCGUCUUACUGGCUGCAGUUCAGCACAUUUGACGGACGCUAUGACUGCACACUGAAGAUGGGAGAACAGUCGUUACAGUGUGAGAUGGAUUUAUCUCCGCAUGUGGUUUUCAACGAUGUAGAGAGCUACAGGAUCACCCUGCAUUCCGGUUACCAUGGCAACAACUUCUCCAUCGAACUAGAUGCUGGCUUCAUGCCGAGAAAACACAUUCGUCCGGUCCCUCCAUCUGACCUGUCACUGCUCUGGGAGAAACACAGGGCUCUUUUCCAGUGGCAGAGCGGAUAUAACGCAGAAAUUUCAUCCAUCCCCGACCUUCAGUACCAGCUCAGCAUUUACAGUCAACACAAGCUGUAUGAGGUAGAAGCUGUUGAGCAGAAGGUGUAUGUGGAAGAGUCUAGAUUUGAACCUCACACAAAUUACACCGUGCGUGUGAGAUCGCGGCCAGAUCAAGAGCAUUAUAAAGGCGUGUGGAGUCUGUGGGCUCCUGCGUUACACUGGAGAUCAGGGGAGAUUCACAAAGGAGAGACUCCAGGAGGAUCUUUCUCUGUUGCAUGGUAUCUUCUGUUAGUGCCAUUGCCUCUGAUUCUUCUGUUCUGUAUCCCAUACUCCAGAUGGAGAAAGAAUGGUUAUAUACCUUCACCAGCCCCUUAUUUCAGAGACUGGGAUGUAGAUGUUCAGAUCCGUUCAACGCGUUCAGGUAAGAUGAGAGAUGUAAUGCAGGGGGAGGAGUCUCUCCAGAUUGACAUUCUGACAGAGAGCACAGACACGCCCCCUCAUCCCACCGCCGUAGACUACGAGGAUAUGGGAGAGAUCGACGAGCAUGAGUCUCCCAGCAUGCCGCAGUCUCCUGUGGGUUCAGAGGUCGACUCAGGAUGUUGGAUUCGUGAUUUUGCCACAACUGAGAGAGGAAGCAUCACAUACAGUGAGGACUACUGCAAACUCUCCAAUUCACACAUUUGUGCAGUCUAACAUAUGCAUGCACACUGCUGUUCAAAAGUUAGGGGUCGGUAUGAUUUUUUUAUUUUUUACAAAGAAACAUAAUUACAAGUAAACUUGCUGAAUCCUGAAAGAAAUGUAUGUAAAAAAUAUUAAGCAUCACAAAUUUUUUUCAACAUUGAUGAUCCUUGAGCAGCAAAUCAUCAUAUUAUAAUGAUUUCUGAACGAUCAUGUGACACUGAAGCCUGGAGGAAUGAUGCUGAAAAUACAGAUUGGAUCACAGGAAUAAAUGACAUUACAAUAUAUUCAAAUAGAAAACAGUUAUUUCAAAUUGUAAUAAUCUCUCACAAUAUUUCAGUUUUUUAUUUACUAUAUUUUUCGUCACAUAAAUGCAGCCUUGGUGAGCAUAAAAGUUUCAAAAUCUUACUGACUCCCUUUUGAAUGUUAGUGUAUAUGUGGCAUAAGUUUGGAAGCGAGACUAAAUGUGAACAAUAAUGAAUGUAUUUUCUUCUUCACGUAUUGCAUAAUGUGCAAAUAUACAACAUGUGCUUUUGCACUUUGCACAAAACAUAAAUAUAUCUGCUAAUUGCUUUAAUAAGCAAAUCCUACUUGAAUAGCUCAACCACAGUCUACGCAAAUAGCCACAAAUCAUGUCCAAUAAGUCUAUAACAUGAGAUUUGAAAAGACAAAAUGACUUUUCACACUUUUCAUCUCCAUUUUUUAAGUUACCAUAUUUUUUUAUUCUGUACUUUGAGUAGUAUUUUUAAUUUUGAAGCUAUUCUUCAAUGCUGCUGUUAGUUCACUGCUAUAGCUUUUUGUAAUCAUGAAUAAGUUUAUAUUGUCAUUAAUGCUUUAUAAAUAAAAAUGCAAUAUGCAUGAAACAUUUCUGGCAUAUCAACAUUUAGCAUCAAGAAUUACUUUGGCUGUCAAGUCUCUGCUUUUAGUGAGCCGUGAGCAUUAAG